GCCGUCCCCACCCCGCCGCCGCCCGAGCUGGCCGUGUGUUCUCGCUGCCCCAAGACGCCUCACCGAGAACAGCCUGGCGCACCCGGCCAGGUUCGCGGGUAUCUGCUGCUUGUCCCUCUCCAGGCUCAGUGCCCCGGCCGCCGCCACCGCCGCCGUUGCCUCGAUGUUCCAGCUGCCCAUUUUGAAUUUCAGCCCCCAGCAAGUGGCCGGGGUAUGCGAAACCUUGGAAGAGAGUGGCGACGUGGAGCGCCUGGGUCGCUUCCUCUGGUCGCUGCCAGUGGCCCCGGCGGCCUGCGAAGCCCUCAAUAAGAAUGAGUCGGUGCUGCGCGCGCGAGCCAUUGUGGCCUUUCACGGUGGCAACUACCGCGAGCUCUACCACAUCCUGGAGAACCACAAGUUCACCAAGGAGUCGCACGCCAAGCUGCAGGCGCUGUGGCUGGAAGCGCACUACCAAGAGGCGGAGAAGCUCCGCGGAAGGCCCCUGGGACCGGUGGACAAGUACCGCGUGAGGAAGAAGUUCCCCCUGCCGCGCACCAUUUGGGACGGCGAACAGAAGACACACUGCUUCAAGGAGCGCACGAGACACCUGCUGCGCGAGUGGUACCUGCAGGAUCCGUACCCCAACCCCAGCAAAAAGCGCGAACUCGCCCAGGCCACGGGACUGACCCCCACGCAAGUGGGCAACUGGUUCAAAAACCGCCGACAAAGGGACCGUGCGGCUGCGGCCAAGAACAGACUCCAGCAGCAGGUCCUGUCGCAGGGCUCCGGGCGGGCGCUACGGGCAGAGGGCGAGGGCACACCGGAGGCGUUGGGAGUCGCCGCCAGCCCAGCCGCCAGUCUAUCCAGCAAGGCGGCCACGUCGGCCAUCUCCAUCACGUCCAGCGACAGCGAGUGCGACAUCUGAGCUGCCCACUCGGAAUGCUCAGUAACAGAAUCUGGUGUAAAAACGAGAUAAACAAGACGGAAGAGGGAGAAAGGAUGAGAGAGCAGAAACCCAGCGCCAGCGAAGCCAGGUGACCAGGGACGCGCGGGCUCAGGGUGCAGUGUCGGCCCAGAGGCGAGCCUGGCUCCACUGGUGCCCUUUGGCGGAGACCGCACGGGCCCGCGGUGGGGCCUGACCAUUUUGCUUUUUCCCAAGGAAAUUACUGCAAAGACGCCUUCAGAACCGGAGCCGAACUACAAGCUGAGCGCCUGCCCUAAGUCUCGCCAUGGGUAUUUCACGAGCAAAGGCACACUGUUAUAUAUGUAUAACUUUUGCUUUAAAGUUGUGUUUUUUUUUUUAACAAAACAUAUAUGCUGUUAUUUACUUAUUUAAGAGACUGCCAUGGUAGGUUUCUCUGUAGCUAGGGGAAUUUCCUGCUUUUAAACAGGCAGGCUGGCGCUGAUGGGUUCUUUGUGGAGAAGGCAAACAAUAAAACAACCUGGUGAGCAACCUUUCUUAAUUAA